AUGGCGAGCCAGCAGGUGACGGUCAGAUUUACCGAGCAAGCGGAGAAGGGAUGUUGGCUGGCUAGAAGUGGUGGUUCCCGAAUGAAGAAACCUUGUGAGUGUUGCAAAAGAUACUUGGACCAUUUGGAUGAAAAUAAUCAAAAUAUUAGCUGUUUCCUCAGCCGUAUGACUGCAAAUUCUAAACAUAGCAUGUUAAUCCUUCAGAAAUUUCUGAAUCAUUUCACAAGAAAUUUGUCAGGAGCCAUCAAAUUAGAAUCCCCUAAUGGCAGUGUAUAUGAUGUUGAAGUUAGGGAGCGUUUAAAUAAGACGGUUCUCCGACAUGGAUGGGCAUUUAAAUCAUUUCACAAGAAUGAUUCCUUGCUGUUCUGCCACAUUGAAAAAUCUCGUUUUGAGGUUCUGAUCCUCGAUUCUGAUGGUUGUGAGAAAAUGUUUUCCUGUGCUGGCAUAAAAAAUACCCCAAGUGUUCUAGAAAGAAGUUUUGAUUCUGUUCAUAUUUCAAACUGCUCUUGUCAUGGUACCGCAGAAUCAUCAGGAAGUGAAAGAUGCGCUCGAUGCGAGAAGGGUAGCUCUAGUCAUCAUGGGAAAAAUGCAAAGAUGGCUCCAACAUCCUCAUCAUCUGAGGAGUCAGGUUAUACUGUUAAUUAA